CUUGUCGAGAGGGCCCGCAUUGGGGCUUGGCUUUAAGCUUCGAACUGCUGCUACCCGGAUCAUAACCAUGCCUCAUUCAUUUGCCCGUCGGCCACGUCGUGCCGGGGUACCUGUCCAGCGAGGAGCGUCACUCCGGCUUGGGUCGUUCCCCCCGAGCAUGCUGCAGAUUAGAAAUGUCCCACUCCGGAUUUGCGGAAUGAUGUGCGUCACGGCCUGUACCAGUAACCCAGCCCCCGGUGGAUGACCCCCCGGCAGGCCGUUAUUGCGGUUCCCCCGGUUGAGUCCUACUUGUAUAUAAGAAAUCUCCCCCGCCUCGUGGCCAGUCCGUGAUUCCGCUCUCAGGUCACACUUGGUUCAACAGCCUGUUACAGCAGAAAGCCAGGUUCAAAAUGCAUCUUACCCAGACUCUUGCGCGUGUGGCGGGCUUCAUGGGCCUCGCCCAGAGGCAGCUCGAGCCCGACUCUACUCCCUAUGAGGACGCGGAGACCGGCCUGACCUUCGCCUCGUACACCAGCCCUCGUGGGAUCAUCUUCCGGGUCGCCAUCCCGGACCCGGUCCCCGAGGACAAGAUUUUCGACACAGUCCUGCAAAUUGUGUCGCCCGCGGAUGUUGGCUGGGCUGGGUUCGCCUGGGGUGGCCACAUGACAUACAACCCCCUCGCCAUUGGUUGGGCGGACGGAGCCGGGAGCGUCGUCCUCUCGUCUCGGAUCGCCUACGGUUACUUCAGCCCUCCGGAGAACCCGGAUGCGCAGUACACCGUCCUCGAGACCGGAACGCACGCCAACGAGACCCACUGGCAAGUCACGGCCAAGUGCACUGGGUGCUCGAGAUGGGGCGAUGAUGACCUGGGCUACACCGAGAUCGACCCGUCGGCCCAGACCACAGUGGCUUUCGCCUACUCUGAUGUCCCCGUCGACACCCCCGCCGACCCGGCGAGCAGCUUCGGCAUCCACGACAGCCUGGGUCACCCGAUCUACGACCUGGCUACCGGCAUGAACGCCGACUUUGCCGAGAUCGUGGGGGCGCUCUAAGUACGAUACCUAUGUACCUACCUUGGGGACGUUACUCGCUUGGAAAAAGUUGGAAGAAGUGAGAUAGCGUAAAACGGAGACGUAUCAAAUAGACGUGUUGAGUUUACACGCCACACCCGGGCCGCGACAGCU